AGAUAAAAAAUACAAAAACAUUGACAAAACAACAAAAUUACAACAACUUUCAAAUGAUAAUAAUUUAAAAAAAUAAGAUUGCAAAAAAGUAAAAAAAACAAGAGCAGUAUAGUGUAAUUAAGUCAAAAACAAAUAUUUUGUUGAAAUAUCUUUUUUAAACAGUUUUCUUUAUAAUCUCCAAGAACAUCUCUACAAAAAAAACGUACAACAACAAUAAAAAAUAUUUCUAUAUAAUCUAAAGUGGAAAGUUAAAUCUUAUCUUAACAAAAUAAAUUUCUUAAAAAAAGACAAAAUUUUAAUCAUAUGAUUUAAUUUUGAAAAGAAUUUAUACAAAAAUUGUCUAUAAUUUAUAAUAUAAUUAAAAGGAAAUUUAUAGAAUUUAUACUUAAAUUGACAAAUAACUGUAAAUUUUUAAAGAAAAACUCCUUUUUUAAACAACUUUGUCAUUGACACUUCUGAAAACUAUAAUAAUAAGAAUAAGAAUACUACUACUGACUGCUACUACGACGUAAGUACUAAAAGUAAUAACAACAACUUAACUUUAACUGCUGCUACUUAACAUUAACAUUGUCGUUGUUGUUGUUUAUUUCACUUGUGGGGGAAAAUGGUGGCUGCUGCUUUGCUGACUGCUAAACAUUGACAAACUUCAGCGUAACGUCUGUCUAUCAGUCUUUUGAAAGCGGUGAAUAAAACUUCAACGAAAUUAAAAUUAAACGCGGAAUACUUAAAUGAAAAAUAUAAAAAAUAAUUAAAAAGAUAUAUAAAAAAAAGAUUUAAAUAAAUUAAUAAAAACUAUCAAAUUUUGUUAACAUAAAUAAAUUUUAGUGUAAAUUUGCGCAAUUAUUUUAUAUAUUUAAAUUAAAAAAUGUUUAUUUAAACUAUAAUCUAAAACAGUGCUGUGCCUACUUAAUAAUUUUAUAAAGAAAAUUGUGAUAUUUAUUUAAUAUUUAAAAAAAAAGAAUUUAACAAAAAACAAAAAAAAAUUUAAAAACAAAAUGAAACCCCGAAAUGUUUUGGAAGACUCCGGUGCUAAGGAAACGCUGUUAGCGGUGCCGAAAUUUACUGUACAGCCGGUGCGUGUUCAGCCCAAUGGCACUCCUUUGGAUAUUGUUACCGAGGAUGAGGAGGAGGGUUUGGGCUAUACCCAUACUUUGAUGUAUGGCCGUUAUACCAAAGAUUUAGGAGAAUUUGCCAAAGAUGAAGCCAGAAAACUCAAAUUACUUGAAAAACGACGAAAAUUGGAGGACAAACAGAGGAAUAAGGAACUCUUAGGUAAACGCAAAUCACGUGCAUUUAAAGUAGCAUCAUGGAUAUGGAAACAUACAUUUGCCCGUCUUGGGGAAGAUUGGGUAUUUUUAGCCUUAUUAGGUAUUAUAAUGGCCCUGCUAUCGUAUGUCAUGGACAAGGGCAUUUCAAUAUGUACCAGUGCUCGUGUUUGGUUAUAUCGCGAUUUAACCUCACAACCUAUAGCUCAAUAUUUUGCCUGGGUUUCCCUGCCUGUCUGUUUGAUUUUAUUCUCCGCUGGUUUUGUACAUUUAAUAGCACCACAAAGUAUAGGUUCCGGUAUACCCGAAAUGAAAACAAUUUUACGUGGUGUGGCCUUAAAAGAAUAUUUAACAUUUAAAACAUUAGUGGCCAAAAUUGUUGGUUUAACGGCAACUUUGGGCAGUGGUAUGCCAUUAGGAAAGGAAGGUCCAUUCGUACAUAUAGCAAGUAUUGUAGCACAAUUAUUAAGUAAGCUAGUAACAUCAUUCCAAGGUAUCUAUGAAAAUGAAUCGCGUAAUUCAGAAAUGUUAGCAGCCGCCUGUGCCGUGGGAGUAGGCGCCUGUUUUGCAGCACCCGUAGGAGGUGUCUUGUUUAGCAUAGAAGUAACUACCACUUAUUUUGCUGUGCGCAAUUAUUGGCGUGGUUUCUUUGCGGCCGUUUGUGGUGCUACCGUUUUUCGUUUGUUGGCCGUUUGGUUUCAAAAUGCCGAUACAGUGCGUGCGGUAUUUUUAACUAAUUUCACCACCGAAUUUCCUUUUGAUCCUCAGGAGUUAUUUGUUUUCGCUUUAAUGGGUGUUGUUUGUGGUUUAGGCGGUGCUGCUUACGUUUGGGUCCAUCGUCGUUAUGUGUUAUUUAUGCGUUCAAAUAAGAAAAUGAAUAAAUUUUUACAGAAAAAUCGCUUUUUGUAUCCCGGUUUCUUGGCUUUAUUGGUUUCAACUCUAUCCUUUCCCUUAGGCACUGGACAAUUUAUUGCCGGUGAAUUGGGCACCCACGAACAGGUCACACAAUUGUUUAGCAAUUUCACUUGGAGUCAGGAUUAUUUGACGGUGGAACAGGCAGCCAUUGUUACGCAUUGGAUGACACCCUACACAAAUGUUUUCAUCAAUUUAUCCUGUUAUGUGCUAUUCACGUUUCUAUUUUCUAUUGUGGCUUCCACCAUACCAGUUCCCUCGGGUAUUUUUAUUCCCGUAUUUAAAAUUGGUGCCGGUCUGGGACGUUUAAUAGGUGAAAGUAUGCAUCUGUGGUUUCCUUCAGGUGUGCGCUAUGGUGGCCGUCUUUCACCUAUAAUCCCAGGGGGUUAUGCUGUUGUGGGGGCAGCCGCUUUCUCAGGAGCUGUUACCCAUACUGUUUCUGUAGCUGUUAUAGUGUUCGAAAUGACUGGCCAGAUAACUCAUGUAGUGCCUGUUAUGAUAGCUGUGCUUAUUGCCAAUGCCAUAGCUGCUCUUCUGCAACCGUCCAUGUAUGAUAGCAUUAUUUUAAUUAAAAAAUUGCCCUAUCUGCCCGAUUUAUUGCCCUCUUCCUCGGGCAUGUACAGCAUAUAUGUAGAAGAUUUUAUGGUGCGUGAUGUCAAGUAUAUUUGGCAGAAUAUUUCAUAUCAAAAACUCAAAGAAGUUUUAAAAGCCAAUAAAACCUUGCGUUCCCUGCCCUUGGUAGAUAAUCCCGAUAAUAUGAUCUUACUGGGUUCCGUACAACGCUAUGAACUUAUUAAAAUGAUAGAGAAACAUAUUGGCCGCGAGAAACGUAUGGAAAUGGCACAAAAAUGGCAUAAGGAAGCCGAAGAGAGAGCCCGCGAAGAGGAGCGCAAAAAACUUGAGGCUGAACAGAAAAUGAGACGUCCCUCACGUUUUGAGGUUCUGCCUGCUCCCGAUAUCAUAAGUUUGCGUCAAAUAGCCAACGAUGAAAUGUUACCACCCAAAAAGAAACAAGAAUCUUUAAAUAAUACUUUACAACCUCGCAAAUCGAUUUUGAAAAAGACAAAUUCCUUUAAUCUUAAAGCCUUCGCACCUACCUCAUUACACAGUCCUAACAUAACGCCAUAUACCACGAUAACUGGCACCGAAUACCGCAUACGCAAUGCCUUUGAGGCGAUAUUUAAAAAAUCUACCACCUUGCAAGAUGUUCAACCGGCCGCAGGAGAUGCGGGCAAUAUAUCGGCCGCCACUAGUGCGGGCGAUAUGACACCGGGUACUCCGUCGGUGCACAGGACACCCAGUACACCGGGCAUAUCGAAAAAAGUUCAAUUGCAAGCACAAACCUCAUCUGAGGGAUCAGAUGUUACAACUGAAUAUAUGCAAGUACCAGGCGGUACCCAGCUCAAACAACAAGAAAAAGUCCACUUAAAUCAUUUAACCACCACCAAAACUUUCACUUCCAAAUGGAGAAGAAUUCACGAUCAAAGUAAAAGAAAUGCCAAAAAUAAUAAGCUCAAUACAGCAAACGAAGAAAUCUCACCCGGAACUACACCCGAAUUGCAACCUUUAAGAUCAAUAUUGAUAAAUAACAAAAUUAGUAAAGAUGCCUACUAUCACAAUCUCACAGAGGCAGAAUUUGACGCUAAAGUAUUAGAAAAUACAAAAGAGAAUCAAAUCAAUAAACCUUCGAUUAAAACAAUUCUAAAGAAACAUGAUAAUCUAAAAACUAUUCUAAAACAAGCUCAACAAUUAGAGGAGACAAAGCCGCCUCCCCAGCAAAUGCCCAAUCAUAAGGGAACCUUGGAAAGUGUAAAUGAAAAAGGAAAUUUAAAAAAAGAGAAUGACAAUGUAAAUGAGAGUAAUGCUGAAUUAAGUAAUAAAGAAAACGAUCUUACCGAAAAGCCUCUAGAUGAGCUUGAAAAGGAAAAGAGUUUUAUGGGAAGUCAAGAUUUAAGAAGUCAUGAGGAUGCCAUGUCCUAUAAAAGCAGUAUUAAAAAAGUUAGAUUGCCUCGAGAACGUGUCAUCGAUAUGUCACCGGAAGAUCAAAAGAAAUGGGAAAUGGAAGAAAUGCAAAAGCCUAUUGAUUUGGACAAAGCUAAUGUUCAUAUCGAUCCCUCACCAUUUCAAUUGGUCGAACGUACUUCCAUACUCAAAGUUCAUUCCCUGUUCUCUAUGGUCGGCAUCAAUCAUGCCUAUGUUACCAAAAUUGGCCGUUUAGUGGGUGUGGUCGGUCUUAAAGAGUUGCGCAAAGCCAUCGAAGACAUCAAUAGCAACAGUUUCGUUGUACAAAAUCAAUUAAAAGACAGUGAUCCCAACGAUGUGGAAAAAUCGGCUGUAGAACGGCCUCUUUUAUCGCUUCCUCAGGAUUGCAGCGAUAAACAGGUCAAUAUGACAGUAACCUCAAUGGAUUCAGCUCUAUCGAAUUCCGAUAAUUGCUCUGACAUUGAAAUGGAAAAUAUACAACAUAAAAUACAUCCCACACCACCACCCACCAGAAGAAAUCAAUCACCCUCACCACCAUCUCAUCGAAAUCGUUCACCCUCACCACCAACCAAUCGAAAACGUUCCAUAUCACCACCACCUCCAGCAACAUCUUCUUCAGAUGAUAAUUUAAGUCCAAAAUCUUCACCUACUAGAGAUUCUUCCAAGGACUAAGGACUAAGUCAAUAAGAAAGAAUCCCUUAAGUGGAAUUCUAUACGUAAAUAGUUAAAUUAUAUUGUUUAUAUACAUUAAAUAGAUAAAUACUAAUUUUAUUUUAUUUGAAAAAAAAAGAGUAAUUAUUUUUAUGAAUUACUAAAUUAAGUUUGUAAUUUAUUUUUAAAUUUAUAUAUAUAAAAAAAAAUGUGUAACAAUAUGUUGAUGAUGAAGCUUAAAGUUAAAACUGUUUUUAUUAGUUUGUAAGUCUUGUCAAUUUUGUGUAAAAUUUAUUUGUAAAUCAUUGAUUUAGUGAGUGGUCGCAAAUUGUUUUUAAAUUUUAAUCAAUUAUCACAUUUUGUUAUAUUUUGAUGUAUUUUAUAUAGAAGACAUUUUUAAAAAAGAAAACCAAACUAUAACUGAGAAAAACAAAA